UUUUUCAGUCCAUUCCAGUUCAUUCCGUUCAAAUUUCAAUUUAGUUCCCUUUGUCAUCUUGGUCAUGUUGUUUAUUUAACUUGUUUACAAAUUACAAAUUGGUCAGGUACAUAAUCUGAAUAAAUAUAAAAUAAUGGAGCAACAUAAAAAUUCAAUGUCAAAUGAUGAUAAAAUUGUUCUUAGUUAUUAUGACUGUCUUAUUCGUCAAUCUGAUAAAAAUUUAUUGACAGGAAAAUACUGGUUGAAUGACAUUAUCAUUGGUUUUUAUAUGGAAUAUUUAAAUAACAAUAUUGUCAGUAAAAUUGAUGAUAAAAAAAUUGUUUUAGCUAGUCCUGAAUUAACACAAUUAUUAAAAAUGAUGGAACCAAGUGAUUAUUCAACAAUUCUUGAUUCUUUCAUCAACAAGGAUAAUAUUAAUUUAAUAUUUUUUCCAUUAAAUGAUUCAGAUAAUUGUGAAGAAAUUGGUGGAUCACAUUGGAGCCUAUUAAUUUAUUCACAUAAUGAAAAUUCAUGUUAUCAUUAUGACUCAUGUCAUGGUGGUAAUGAUGACAUAGCUAAAAAAUUUUCAAAAAAAAUAUUUAAAUAUUUUUCAUUAAAUAAUAAUGGAAUUUUUAUAAAUGCAAAAUGUUUACAACAAAAAAAUGCAUAUGAUUGUGGAAUAUUUGUAUUAUGUUUUACAGAAUUAAUUUGUCAAAAAUUAUUAACAAAACAAUGUGAUAAUAUUAAGGAUUGUGAUACAAGUGAUGUUGUUAAUUACGUCAGCUCAAAACGAAAUGAUAUCAAUGAACUUAUUGAAUCAUUGAGUUGAAAUAAUUAAAAUUAUCUUU